GCCAGUUGCAUGGAGAUUGAUGGAGAUCCGGCUUUAAUCGAGGCUAAAGGGUCUCUAAAAAAUCGAGAUUGUCGACGAAGAGAAAAAUAACAUAUAUGGCAGGAUAGGGGCGCGUGGAGUUAAAGCGUAAUUUGUGCAACGAUUUCAUAAGCUUGCGGCCGUCAAGCAAGACUCCUUGAAAUACAUCGUAUUCGUUACCGCCACACCUGAAGCCACAUCUGCCGUGCCGUUCGAGAUUAUGAGCUGCGGCGGUCUUAACCUUUAAUGACAGUUUCGUAUAUUCAGGUCACAUAAGAAACACCAAAAAUGCAGACGAUAAAGUGUGUUGUGGUAGGCGAUGGAGCAGUUGGUAAAACGUGUCUCUUGAUUUCGUAUACCACAAACAAGUUUCCUUCUGAAUAUGUGCCCACUGUUUUUGACAACUAUGCAGUAACUGUGAUGAUAGGAGGUGAUCCAUAUACAUUAGGAUUAUUUGAUACAGCAGGUCAGGAAGAUUAUGAUAGAUUGCGUCCUUUAAGUUAUCCUCAGACUGAUGUGUUUCUUGUGUGCUUCUCGGUUGUGUCACCGUCAUCAUUCGAAAAUGUAAAAGAAAAGUGGGUACCAGAAAUAACGCAUCAUUGUCAGAGAACUCCAUUUUUACUCGUCGGAACUCAAAUUGAUUUAAGAGAUGAUGUCGCAACAACAGAGAAACUUGCAAAGAACAAACAGAAGCCAAUAUCUGGCGAGCAGGGGGAAAAACUUGCUAAGGAACUCAAGGCUGUAAAAUAUGUAGAGUGCAGUGCUCUGACGCAGAAAGGAUUGAAGAAUGUAUUCGACGAAGCUAUUUUAGCUGCAUUGGAACCACCCGAGCCAGUGAAGAAAAGGAAGUGUAUACUUCUAUAAGGUGACAAAUUAUUGCCAUCGAUGGAAUUUAUGCUCGAUUUCAAAACGACACUGUAGUAUCAGGCGACGAUCUUGUGUGUAGUAUACUCUAUAUUAAAUAGAAUUAAAUUUGCCUCUAUAGUUCGUAAUCGUAUUUG